UCUGCUUCUUCCUCUAGUUCCAGGUGCAGGGAUGGUGAUCUCUCGCCUUUGUCUUCACACGAGCUGCCCGGCACUUCCAAUCAACUGUUGGUCUUCGGGGAAAAGGAACGCCCUGCAAGAGACUCAGAUCUCUCAGAGAAUGAGGGACUACCUCCCAACCCACCUCCCUUUGUUGGUUUGUUUAAACCCGCUGUUUUUCAUUCCCUCCUUUUUAAGGCCAAAAAGAUCACAGGCAUUCUCUCUCCGAAGGCACCUCAGAGUUCGGAAGCUGACAAGGCUGACACCACCGACCCACCCUUCAUCCAGCCUAUGGUGGAAAAGGAGGUGAUCCCAUCACCAAGGUUCUUCAUAGACGUUGUCCAGAAUCAAUGGGCUUCUUCAGGUACCGGAUCCUUCCCCAAUGCUUCAGACAAGCCCCUGUUCAAUGUCGCUCCUGACCUCCCCAAGGCCUUGGAGGUACCGUCUAUUGAUUUACCUAUAAUUGCCCUUUCCUCUCCCAAUGAGGCCUCAGCAGCUCCAGAGGAAGCUCUGCGACCUGAGGACAAAAGAACAGAACAAACUCUGCUCAAGGGUCACCAGGCCUCAGCCUGGGCCAUUAGAGCGGGCACCUCAGCUUCCUUCUUUAGUCGCUCCGCUCUUCUGUGGCUGAGACAACUUCAGGCUCGCCUUCCAGCCAGGGAUUCUAGGGCUUGCAGGGACAUUAACAAAAUUAAGGCAGCUCUGGAAUACACAGCAGAUGCCUCCUUGGACAUGGCCCACUUUACUUCCAAGUCCAUUGCAUCUUCCAUCUCCACCCGCCAGCCUCUCUGACUAAAACAAUGGCAGGCUGAACCGCGGAGUGGAGCUUGAGUCGCCGCAUAUUUCGUCAACUGUCGUCCAGGUACGGGACUCCAAUCCUGGAUCUCUUCGCAUCAUCAUCCAACAACCAGCUGCCCAGGUAUCUCUCCUGGCAUUAUAGAGCUGGGCAAAGGCGACCAGCCCCUCCAGAGAGAUGGGGGAUGCUGGGGAAAAAGUUCUGGAUAAUGAUGCAGAAGGAGUGUGGAGCCCGGACAUCGAGCAGAGUUUCCAGGAGGCGCUGGCAAUUUACCCACCCUGCGGGAGGCGCAAAAUCAUUCUUUCAGAUGAAGGGAAGAUGUAUGGUCGUAAUGAGCUCAUUGCCCGUUACAUCAAGUUGAGGACUGGGAAAAUACGGACAAGAAAACAGGUCUCCAGUCACAUCCAGGUGUUGGCCCGGAGAAAAACACGAGAAAUUCAAACCAAGUUCAAAGAUCAAGUGGCAAAGGACAAAGCACUGCAGAGUAUGGCAGCCAUGUCUUCUGCUCAGCUUGUUUCGGCCACUGUCCUCCAGGAGAAACUAGGCCUGUCUGAACCCAACUAUCCAUCCAGCACCACCACUCAACCCACAGACCUUUUCCAUUUCUGGGCUGGGGAUGUAAACCAAGGCCAAACUACUCCAGAUAUCGAGGCCAACCUCCAGGCCCCAUAUUCCAUCACACCAAUUGCAGCAUCAACUGCUGCCCCAGGUUAUCCCACAACCCCAGGGAUGGACUCUUGUCUCCCCAGCACAACUACCUCUUGGCCAAGGAGUCAUAUUGGUACAGAAACACUUCGACUGGUGGAGUUUACUGCUUUUAUGGAGUGGCAGAACGAACUAGCUAUGUUUAAGGAGCAGCAUCGUUUUGUUCACAUUGAUCCAACACCCAUGUGUGAGCCACCCCUUGAGAUGGUGGACAUACGCCAAAUCUAUGACAAAUUUCCAGAGGAAGGAGGUGGACUGCGAGAUCUGUACGAUCAAGGCCCUCCUCAUGCUUUCUUCUUGGUUAAAUUCUGGGCUGACCUAAGCUUUUCCCUCCUUGGAGAAGAACCUGGAGGCUCAGGAGGGGCUUUCUAUGGGGUGAGCAGUCGAUACGAGGGCCCACGGGCUCUGACUCUCAAUUGCACCUCCAAAGUCUGCUCGUUUGGCAAACAGGUGGUGGAAAAACUGGAGACAGCCGAGCCUGCACACUGGGAAGACGGCCGCUAUGUUUUCCGUAUGCAACGUUCAGCACUCUGCGAGUACCUCAUUAAUUUUAUUCGCAAACUACGAACACUACCAGAAAAACAAAUGAUGGAUAGCGUGCUUGAAAAUUUCACCAUCCUGCAGAUUUUGCGGGAUCAAGAAACUCAGGAAUUGCUACUGUGUGUGGCCUUUGUGUUUGAAGUGUCUGCAAGCGAACUGGGAGCACAGCAUCAUAUCUACCGGCUGGGCCGGGACUGAGAAAUAGUUCACCAUGCUCAACAAAUCAAUCCCACAGCCAACUAGGCCAUCUUCCUCUUAGCACAUCAUACUAGAUGGCAGAAUCGAUGGCUGAAAAGCUGCUGAGCCCAUUCAUGUCAACUUUUAAGUUUAUUAACAGAUAACUUUUCUCUUUUUGAUGACCACAAAACCAAGCUUUAGGCUUAAACCUUUAAAAGGCUUGAAUCCAUUGCUCAGUAAACCAUCUUAAAGGUGGGAUGGUCCUUCUGGAAGAAUACUCUUUUGGUCAAAUCAUCUCGGGCAUGUUGAGGACAAUAGUUAAAUCUCAACUCCAUGUGUAUCCUUCUAAAUCUCCUGGGAGAACACUGUCUCAUGUCAUUGCUUCUUGGGACUUAACACUCCGUUGUAAGAAGAAACGAUAUUUCUUAGGACUCCUGUUUUGUAUGACUGUCAGGCUUUGGUGUACAUUAUAACUUAGUUCUCACAAACUGCUGAAGAGUGAACCCAUUCCUACACUAUCAUGUCAGACUCUAGGGAAAGAUUUAUAUCAGGAAUGCAUAACUUGAUGCUUCUAAUUCACAGGUCCCCCUGGAUCCUUUUAAGAGUCCAUCACAAACAGUAGGGUUUAAUGUGAAGACCGUUAUUAUACAGUGGCAGUAAUGAUAUUGUUUAAUACAAGUUUUAAGUCAAAUUUGAAUUCUUGUCCUGUAUUGAAUUAAUCUCCUUUGCGGAGUAGUCAACUUAAAACUACUCCAAUAGCACUCAAAAGUGACUUACCACCAUUCCUUG